GUUAAGCAAUUUGUCGUCUUUUGAAAGUAUUUAAGAAUCAAACAUCUAAAAUUAAUUAGUCAGUAGAGAAUAAUCUUGACGGCUUAAGACUCUUGUAUCAACCAAAAUGUUCAAGUUAUCGAUAAUUAAUUACAUUUUUUCUAUGAUAAUUAUUGUGAAGAUUGACGGAUACUUCAUUGAUGAUGAUGGCGAAUUCUCGCACUCACUCGUCAACGAAAAUGACUAUUCACCGGAUAAGCUGGUGUUUGUCAGCCGCACUGAGUGGAAAGCUCUGUCAAUGAUGAAACCACUUGAGAAAUUGGAUGUGAUUCCGACUCCGUAUGUUAUGAUUUAUCACACGGGAUCUGAAACAUGCUUCUAUUUAGAGGCUUGUGCCGCGAUUCUCCGACGUAUGCAGGCCCAAUAUAUGGUGAACUAUCCUGGGGACCGGGACAUUGGUUUCAACUUUGUCAUCAGCGGUGACGGCAGCGUGUAUGUCGGACGCGGAUGGAACACCGUUGGCGCUCACACCCUUGGACUCAACAGGAAGAGCAUCGGGAUCGCUUUAAUUGGAACAUUUUACGACAAAUCACCAUCUGCUAACCAAAUAUUUACGUUGAUAAAUCUUAUCAAAUAUGGCGUCAACGAUCAUCACAUUGAUAUAGAAUUUAAAUAUUACUCUUAUCCUGAUAUAAGUAUUUUUAUGACUGACAACAAACUGGCCAAUAUCACCCAUUUAAUGAAGCCAUAA